CUCUCUCUCUAUAUAUAUAUAUCUUGGAGUAGUAUAUAGAGAUCUAUACUGAUAUAGCAAGGAGCUGAAAAUCGGAGUUAUGGCGGGAGACGAGGAUGGAAGAACCCCUAGACGACCUUCUCUCAAAACCCUUCCGUUUUCACAAUGGAAAGACAAGCUCAGGAAAAACUGCUACAAAAGAGUUCACGAGGAUCGAGCCCGCUUGCUCUGGAAGUUUAGGUUACCCGGGGCUAAAGAUCAAUGUCUCCAUGAUAAGGAGUUCAUCAAAACAACUUUCCAAGACAUAGUUGCUGAUGAAUUUAAAAAGAUUAAAGACUCAUCAUUGGAUGAGAUCUCUGGAAUGACAGUAGAUGAUGCACUAUGGGAAUAUGAUGGUCUUCAUACAGCUUAUCAAGGAGAAUGUGAAGAGAUAUUAUUAGAAAUGCAGAGGAUAUUUUAUGAGGAUCUAAGAACUGAACCGGCUACCAGAGAAGAAGGAAUCUAUAUAAAAAAUUGGGAAGAUGAAGAAGAUGAGUACUUGGCCCGUGCAGUUUAUGAGCAUAUGAAGUUGAGUGAUGAGCAGGAGCACAAAGUGAUGUGGUGCCCCAUUUGCACGCGAGGACAACUGCAAGAUAAACAUUGUCUGAUUUGUUGCACUCUUUGUGAAUUUAAACUCAACCGAGAUGAUGAGGUUACUAUGGAUUUGUUGGAGAAUCGACUGGUGGAAGUUCACGCAGAACAUCUUGAUAGAGGAUGCAGAUUGAAACCAAAGUUCUGCAUGAAGACUAUAGGUCUUACUGCACUGUACAUUGAGUGUCAAGGUUGCGGUACCUUUGAAGUUGUGAUAUAGUCCCUUUCGAUUUGCAUGCAUGUCGAAAAGUACAGUUUUUUCUUUUAUAAAAGUAUAGCUGACAUACACAAGCUUCUCGUGAUCUUCCAACGUAGCUGCUUUCUUUCUCUCUUUUAAAUCUUUUCCUUCUGUGUUUAUUGGGGUGAGCAAUUUUGUUUCUUAAGCUUUUUGUUAUGGGUGGCUUGCCAGUGUAAGCUUGUAUCUAACCCAACAAAGUAGACAAACUUUUGUAGCUCCAGUGAGAUUUUUGUCAACGCUAUUAUGAAGCUUUCGAGAAA